AUUGGAUGUUUUUUAAUAAUUGGAUUCAACAAUAAUCACUAAAGAGUUGAAGAGCUUCUCUAUAUAAGCACAAGAAAAAAAUGAACUAAAUUUUGUUGAUCACGACAUGUCGACAAUUCAGUUUGUAAAAAAACUACUUCAUAAUAACAUCAUGGACGUACCAGAAUUAUUUAGGUCAAUAAAUUUAUGGAGUUUUGUCUGGGAAACAUUCGGAAAUGCAUCGAUGACUUACGAUAUGGCAUCCAACUGCAAUGGGACUAAAUCGAAUGAAGUCAAUGAGUUUAAUCUUUUUGAAAAUCCCGCUAAAUUAGGAAUACUUACUGGACUCUUAAUAGCUUUGUAUGCUGAAUCUAAGUUUUUUCCCGCCAAGUUUGACAAUUACAUAGAGUCAAAAUUAAAAACUAUUGCCUUUAUGAUAUUAAACAUGACUUCUUUUUUAAUUAUCGCCCCUUUUAUUGCCGCACCAUUGACUGCAUUUUUUAUUUACCGCCAAAUUAUUAAAUUAGUAUUAAAAAUUACCAUGGGAAAAAAAUUUGCGGGCUUGUUGGAAGGAACCAAUUGUGUAUGGGCUAUAGAAGAUUCGUCAGCUUUGUCAGUCAUAAAUGUCCUCGGUGUUUUAGAAUUAGACUCACUGAGCACCAAUAGUCUAAAUAUCAUUGACGACUUUAGGACUUUGAUUAAAGAUCGAUUGCUAUCAAAAAAUUACGAUAAACUAUUUUGGACGCGUGACAAAAAAUAUGGAUAUUGGUUUUGGAAAAUAAGUGAUGACAUAAAUUUACAGGAACGUGUUCGCUGGCUAGAUAUUGAUCACAAUAAAUGUGAGGGAACUUGCAAUGACGUUUAUGGGGGAUAUUUAAAAGAAAUAAUUUCGGGUGAAAGUAAUAAACCACUUCCUGAAAAUCAUUCUGCUGGGUGGGAAAUUUUAAUUGGACAAAAUUGUCAGUCUUAUGAAUUCCAAGGAGUUGAUGAGGAUAAAAAUAAUAUUGAAUUAAAAAGAACUGUUAUACUAGUAUUUCGGGUCCAUCAUUGUCUUGGAGACGGUGUUGCUCUAAUGAGACUUUUACUGGAAGCGAUUGCAGACUCAUCAAAUUAUAAAAUAAAAGCUCACUCGGCAUUCACGGAUGAAGAAAAAAUAAAAAUAUUGAAUAGUAACCCAAGUAAUUUUCUAACUGUACCGAAACUCCGAAGACAUUCGUCAAUUUGUGGGACUCUGAAAUAUUCGUCAGACAUUAUUUAUUAUUCUUCUGAUAUAUUGAGUGCUUCGAUGCCUUUCGCUGUAAGAAUUUCUUUGAGCCGAGUCUUCAAAGGCUUGAAGAAAUAUUUAAAGAUCAAGUGGUGGUUAUUAACUAGUCUUACAACAGCGGAAAUUAAAAUGGAAGUUAUAAAAAAUUUGAAAGAGUUGAAAGUUAUUAUCAUCAACAUCUUGUACACAUUAAAAAAAAUGUUACAAAAUAUAACGGCGUUGAUACUAAUACCGAAUUGUCUUUGGCGACAAGCUUGUCUGAGUAUGGAUAACAGUGCUCUCCACGGUCCAGUUUUAAGCGGAGAUAAAAGAAUUUCUUGUUGGAUGGAAGAGGAUUUUAAAGACAAUCAAAAUGACAGUCUUCUUGCGAAAAUAAGAGACAUAAAAAAUUUGACAGGUACAAGAUUUAGUGACGUCAUUCUCGCUUCUCUAUCAGCAAAUCUGCAUAAAUAUUUCUGGCAGAUUGGUGAAACGGCGCCAAAAAAUUUGACAGUAGUAAUUCCGACGAGAAUGACAGCGCCAAGUCAAAAAUUAACUUUCAAAAAUCGUUUUUCUGUUGGACUGUUACCUCUUUGUAUUUCUGAAGUUAAUGGAAUUUAUUGUGGCCAUCCAACUGAUGAUCCUAGAAAAUUACUCGAACGUUUACGAGACGUAUCAAAGUCUUAUAGAAAAUUACAAAGUGAUCCAGAUUAUUUAUUUAACUACUGGGUAAUGACAUGGCUGUCAGCUGCAUUACCUGAAGUAUUUCUCAGGCCGUUUCUUAAAAGUUACAGUACUAUGAUCUUUAGCAAUUUGCCAGGACCACAAGCGGUGGCGAUUUUAGGUCAUACAUUAAAAAAAAUUGCAUUUUGGAUUCCCCAUAGGGGAACAACAGGUAUAGGCUUUUCAUUCUUAACAUACGAUGGCAAUGUUCAUCUUUCAUUGAUAGCUGAUAAAGCUGUGGUAACUGAAGAAAUGAAUCUUGAUGACAUUCUUAAAGGGACUGUCAAUGACAUCAAAAGACUUCAUGACAACAUUACUCUCCCUUGUUUCGCGAAAUCAUUUUUAAAUAACGCAGAUGCACCCAUGGAAACAGAUUUCGGUGUGCGGUAAAGAAACAUCAUCACCAUUAUCAAAUUAUUUAUAAUAAAUUUUUAUUAAUUACUGUAAUAAAUUAUACAUUAAUGUAAAUAUUAAAUCAACAGGGUAUUUUUAUUUAUGUAAAAUUAUUGUAUACUUUUUAUAUUUACUCAUGACUUUUAAAUAAAUGAUUGAUUUACUUGUA